AAAGCCUUUGUUCUCCCUUCUUUCAUCCAUAGCAGCAUACCACAAGAGAGAGGUUAAAGAGACGGCACCGUUUUGCUGUCCGCCUUGACCGAGCCACUGCUUCGUCUUGGCCCUCGAUUUUGCCAUCUGAAAACCCAAUACAUAACCCUAGACACAUCAACAAUCAACAAUGGUGAAACCUACCAAGGCAGAGAAGAAGAUCGCCUACGAUUCCAAGCUGUGCCAACUCCUCGAUGACUACACUCAGAUCCUGGUUGUCAACGCCGACAACGUCGGAUCCAACCAACUCCAGAACAUUCGCAAGGGUCUCCGUGGUGACUCAAUCGUCCUCAUGGGAAAGAAUACCAUGAUGAAGCGCUCUGUUCGCAUGCACGCAGAGAAAACCGGCAACGAUGUCUAUCUCAGCCUUAUCCCCCUCCUUGUCGGCAAUGUUGGAUUGAUUUUCACAAAGGGUGACUUGAAAGAGGUUAGCGAGGAGGUUGCUAAGUAUAAGGUGGGAGCACCAGCUCGUGUUGGUUUGGUCGCUCCGAUUGACGUUGUUGUUCCUCCAGGAAACACAGGACUCGAUCCCUCUCAGACCUCUUUCUUCCAGGUGCUUAAUAUUCCCACCAAGAUUAACAAGGGUACUGUGGAAAUCAUUACGCCUGUCGAACUUAUUAAGAAGGGAGACAAAGUGGGGUCUUCUGAAGCUGCCUUGCUUGCCAAGCUUGGCAUAAGGCCCUUCUCAUAUGGGCUUGUGGUUCUUUCGGUCUAUGAUAAUGGUUCGGUCUUCAGUCCUGAAGUUCUUGAUCUUACCGAGGAUGACCUAAUUGAGAAGUUUGCUGUUGGUGUCUCGAUGGUUACUUCUCUCUCGUUGGCCGUCUCCUACCCAACACUUGCAGCUGCACCGCAUAUGUUUGUUAACGCGUACAAAAAUGUCCUUGCUGUUGCAGUUGAGACAGAUUACUCUUUCCCUGAGGCAGACAAGGUCAAGGAGUACCUCAAGGAUCCAAGUAAAUUUGCUGUGGCUGCUGUUGCUGUUCCUGCUGCUGAUUCUGGUGCUGGACCAGCUGCUGCCAAGGAAGAGGAGAAGAAGGAAGAGCCGGCUGAGGAGUCUGACGAUGACAUGGGUUUCAGUCUUUUUGACUAACUUGUGUAAUACUUGUUGAGAUUGCUUUAGAUAUAUUUUAAUUUUGCUGCUUUAGGUUUGAUGAAAUUUAUAAUUUUAGGUCUUAUAUGAGGAUUUAUUAUUAUAAUAUCUUGGCAGGAUAAUCCUCUCCAACUCUGAAACAUUUGAGUUAUUAUUUAAGCAUUAUCUUGUUUUCAUGCAAACAUUGUCUUUUUGGUGCAAAAUCGAUGAUUUAUAUUGUUUAGUGAAACUAACUUACGAUGUGUUGUUGAUGU